AUGUGUGAUUUAUUGUGGUCGGACCCCGAAUAUGUUCCUGGCUGGGCUAUAUCACCACGAGGAGCAGGUUUCCUUUUUGGUGAGAACGAGGUUAACAAGUUUUUGCAGGUGAAUGAUAUCUCACUCAUUGCAAGAGCCCACCAAUUGGUAAUGGAAGGAUACAAGGAAAUGUUCAACCAAGGCUUGGUCACUGUAUGGUCUGCGCCUAAUUACUGUUAUAGAUGUGGCAAUAUUGCCCUGGUUCUAACUAUAGACGACAACCUAAAUCGUAAUUACAAAGUGUUCAAGGCUGCAUCUCAGGAUGUAACUGCUAUCCCAUCUAAGAAACCACCAGUGGACUACUUCAUAUAA